AUGCGUUAUACUCAUAGAGAUAUUCCACGAACAUUUGAAGUACCAUUCGGUAAAUGGCUAAUUCCGAUCAUAGGUUCCUUGCUUUGUAUACUUCUUAUGAAAGGUAUAACAAAACCAACAGGUUACCGAUUCCUAGCAUGGACAGUAUUGGGUCAAAUAAUUUAUUUUUCUUAUGGAUUUUGGCAUUCUAAACGACGAAAAUUGAUGAAAAGUAAAUAUGUUUCAAGUACGGUCGAGCUGCUACCAACAGUAGAAACUGUUAUGGGACAAUAUGCACAAAAUGAAUCUCAAGGGAAUUUAGUCUUCGAAAACAACUUUGAAAGUGAAGCAUAA